UUCAAACUAAAACCAACAACAGCAAGCAAAGGCAGUAGUAUACUUCUUCGCAAGGUUUUAGUGUUGGCAACUGCCAUCUCCCCAUUUCCCUCAAACAACCCCGCAUUUCUGCCAUAACUGAGUGACCCUCCAUGGGAUCAAUGAGUCGGCACCCAGAGGUUCUAUGGGCUCAAAGAUCAGACAAGGUUUACUUGACAAUUGCAUUACCUGAUGCUAGAGACAUAUCAGUGAAAUGUGAAGGUGAAGGGUUAUUUAGCUUCUCUGCUGUUGGGGUUCAAGGUGAAUCGUUUGAUUUCAGUUUGAAACUCUUUGGAAACAUUGUUCCCGAGGGUUGUAAAACCAAGGCUGGGUUGAGGAACAUUAUAUGCUCAAUCCAGAAAGAAGAGAAAGGUUGGUGGAGAAGGCUGUUAAAAUCUGAAGAGAAACCUGCUCCUUACAUUAAGGUGGAUUGGAACAAGUGGUGUGAUGAGGAUGACAACGAGUCAGCUUCUGAUGCCUCUGAUGACAAUAAUGCUGCGCAUGGAGAAGAUGAUGAGAGCAGUGAUGAUGAUGGAAUGCUUUAUCUUCCUGAUCUUGAGAAGGCAAGGGGAAAUUGACGACAAUCAAGUACCAUAGUGUGUUUUGACUUCAAUUGAAUUUCUAGUGAUUGCAGAACUGCAUCAGUGAUUGCUAUGCAAGGAGAUUGAAGUUGAAAAUACACAGAUUGCAGAACUAUUACAACGGAAGACUGUAUAUAUUAGUUGUGUCAGUUUUAGUAAAAUACAGGCUGGCUUGCAGGAUUGAUCCCUAGAAAUUAUGACUGAACUCUUCUGAAACUGUUCUUGAGUUAUCUGGGGUUUGACUCGUAUUCUCCCAUUUCCCUGGUCAUGUGGCUGAUGAAAACUUUCAAAACUUAACCAUCA